AUGGAUGUACAGCAGGCAAAGAAGAUGGGAAGAGAAGGAACAACUUGCUGCAUGGCCGUGUACCCAGCUAGUUUGAACAGUGUGGAGUACCGGGUCAUUCCGCCAUGUGACCCCACAGCCGAUGACAAGCUGUUCCACAUAUGCAUCUCCGCCGUAUCUCUUGCAGUGCUGCUGAUCCUCAUAGUCUUGGCCAGACAGAGGAACCCAAGCCAUCGGAAAGGUGUUGCAGAUUUAUUCAGCCCAGUAAACUUCCUGGAUCAGACCCAACCGAAGGGCCUGACAGUCGCCGUGCUUGUGAUCCUCUUCUGCAAGCUCUCUGUGGUGGUUCUGUCCCCAAACCCCCUCCCCUUCAUCCAGGACCCUGCUUUCGGGUACAGAGAGUGCUGGAAGAUCCUGGCCCUGUUCUAUUACCCUGCUCUCUACUACCCCCUCCUGGCUUGUGGCACGCUACGUAACACGGUGGCAUGCGUGCUGGGCAGCUUGCUAUCCUGGGCGCACCUGGGGGUCCUUGUCUGGCAGAAGGUCGAUUGCCCCAGGACUCCGGAGAUCUAUAAGUUCUACACCCUGUUGGCCAGCCUGCCUCAGAUCGUAUGCCUGGUGUUCCUCAGCCUCCACUAUCCCCUGCUACUGCUGAAGAGCCGGACAGAAGCCAAUGGUGCUGUGGAGGGUCUUGCCAGCAGCUACUAUAAAGACUAUGUAAAGAAAAUAUUAAAGAAAACCCCCUCCAAAGUCAGCACGGCCAAGCCAAAACUGUCCAAGAGGCUCUCCGAUACUCUGAAUGCAUACAUCUACACUCCAGAGGAAGUGUUCAGGAUUCCCAUUCUGCUGGCCGCCUCUGUGUUCCUGUCCUUCAUUGCCAUCUAUCAGAUGACGCUGUUACUGGUAACUAUGGUUCUACCCACUCUCCACAUCGUCCGUGAAGGGGUGGAUGAAGAUAUCGCCUUCCUCCUGGCUGGCUUCGACAUCCAUUUGUCAGACGACCGGGCAGAGGUUGUCAAGAUCGUGGUCCACUAUAUCUGGUGUGUGGAGGUGUGCUACCUCUCUGCCUUGACGCUAACCUGCCUGAUCAGCCUCGUCAUGCUUAUGCGCUCCAUGGUCUUACACAGGUCAAACCUCAAAGCGCUAUACAGGGGAGACGUAUGUCCUCACAUUUCUAACCAUGUUCACGGCCACCAGAGGGGCUUACAACCCUCACGUCCUGCCCUGGUGUGCUGGAUGGGCUACACCAGCUACCAUGCCGCCUUCAUCUGCAUAGGGAUGGUCAUCCAGAUGAUAGUAUUCUUCAUGUGUAUCCUGUUUGCUGCUUUUCUCCUCAUCAUCCCAAUCCUGCAUGGGCAGAACCUCAUACUCUUCAACAUGCUCAAACGUACAUGGCCCUAUUGGUUGACGUUUUUCUUGGCCUUGGCUGUUCCGCACGUCACCGCCAGACUGGCCUUCAUCAAAAGGGAUGCAGGGACGAGGGACUUAGUCAACAGGAACGCUCUGUUCCUGCUGACCUACCUCCUCUUCCUGGUAAACGUCCUGGUGGGGAUGGUUUUGGGGGCAUGGCGGAUGGUGGUCAGCGCCCUCUACAACAUCGUCCACCUCGGCCGCAUGGACAUCAGCCUGUUGAACCGCGGGGUGGAGCCCUUUGACCCUGGGUAUAGUUGCUAUGUGCAGUAUCUGAGGAUAGAGGUGAGCCAGUCCCACCCGGUGAUGACGGCGUUCUGUGGGAUGUUGCUGCAGUCAGUGAGGAAGGAUUGCGGUGCAGUGAAGAAGUGUGAUGCAGAGGAGGGCAUCCAUCUGGUGGGUCAGGAGAAGUGGAGGACCCGGUCCCUCAGUGCCAGGCGUGCCAAGGCCCGCUGGCUGCUGCUCCUCACCCUGCUGAACAACCCCUCCCUGCUGGGGUCCAGGAAGCCCCUCCACAGACCCGGCUCCGCGGGCCAGCUGAACGGGAUGCUCAGCCACGCGACCCUCGCCACGGAGGCCAACGGGAAAGAUGGCGGAAAAGACCCCGAAACGCCCCCGACCGUCUGA